AUGACGAUCAAAGGUCUUGACGGAGCGGCCGACUCGGCCGCAGCAGCUCACAAGCCUGCGCACUUCAAGCUGGAAAACCUGAUCCGACCCAAUAUCCUCUCGCUGGAACCUUACCGCUGUGCACGAGACGAUUAUCAGUCAGGCAUUCUGCUCGACGCCAACGAGAACAGUCUGGGCCACUCGCUGCCGCCCAAGUCGACCAUCCCUCACAACCCGGGCACCUCGAACGGCGCCACCCCGGUGCAGUCCGCAGAAGUUGACGAUCCACUCUCGCUGAACCGCUAUCCGGAUCCGGGGCUGUUUGGGAUCAAGGACUCUUUAGCUCAGCUGCGCGGUGUUCCAAACGACGCGUUCGUGUUCCUCGGUGUCGGCAGUGAUGAAGUGCUCGACUUGGUUCAGCGAGUGUGCUGCCGUCCUGGCAAGGACAAGAUCCUCAUCUGCCCUCCCACAUACGGCAUGUACAGCGUCUGUGCAGCUGUCAACGAUCUCGAAGUGGUCAAAGUGCCGCUCAUCACGCAAGCUGGAAAGUUCGCACUGGAUGUACAGGCAGUUAACAAGAAACUGAGCGAGGAUGCAGACAUCAAGAUCACGUUUAUCUGCUCGCCGGGCAACCCGACAGGUACGCUGAUCGCGCCAAGCGAUGUGCAGAAGGUGGCUGACAAUCCAGAUUACAACGGCCUCGUCGUGGUGGACGAAGCGUACAUCGACUUUGCCGAGGAGGAGAAGAGGAUGGGUAAGCGUCCAGCUGACCAAGUGGUGAGUGCUGUGAGCUUGGUGCGCGAGUACCAGAAUGUGAUGGUUACACAAACACUCUCGAAAGCCUUUGGUCUCGCCGCGAUUCGACUCGGCAUCGCAUUUGCUCAACCGUCUCUGGUGCAAAUCAUGAACAACACCAAAGCGCCUUACAACAUUUCCUCGCCCACCGCCCACCUCGCCUCGCUCGCGCUUUCUCCCACGGGAAUCGCACAGAUGCGUCGAAAUGUCCAGACACUUAUCCACAACCGCGAACACCUGAUUUCGGCGCUGCAAACGCUGCGCGGAGCGGGCGCGAUCCUGGGCGGUAACGACGCCAACUUUGUGCUGGUGCAGAUGCUCGAUCUGGAAACGCGCUCGAAACCGGAUAGCAAUGUGGCGCAGAUGGUCUACAAGCGUAUGGCCGAGGAGAUGGGGUUGGUAGUCAGGAACAGAGCCAAGGACUUGGGUUGUGCUGGAUGCCUGAGAAUCACUGUCGGUACCCGAGAGGAGAACGAGAGGUGCAUCGAGCUGAUGAAGCGUUUGCUCGACGGUGCCAACUGA